UGAUAAUCAUAAGGCAUCAGGAUGAAAACAGACGUCGAUUUGUUUUCAGAUCCGCAUGUAUUGCACGUGGUGUUGCACUUGCGAGUUUUUUAGCAGCAAGUUGAGGGAGGAGUAGAUCAUGAUUCAUGACUUUUGAUUUUUUUAAUUGUAACUAAUAACGAGGUCGAAGAUUAAGGAAAAAUCAAAAUGAGUAAUAAUUCUGAUGAGAACAAUGGUAGCGAAAAGGUGCCUGGAAAGAACCAAAAAGAAGCAGGAAAACUAUCUCAGUUUGAAAAGAAAAAACUAAAACAAAAAGAAUAUGAUAAACAAGUGAAUGUUUUAACUCAUAAAGGAGGCCUGGACAACUUUACCAUCUCUCAAUAUCAACAAUCAGAAAAGAAGUUAGCUGAGUUAGAGAAUGCUGUUGACAUCAAGAUUGAAAACUUCAACAUAUCAGCCAAAGGCAAGAGUUUAUUUACAAAUGCCAGCCUUUUGAUUGCUCAAGGCAGAAGAUAUGGACUUGUUGGACCUAAUGGACAUGGCAAAACAACUCUUUUACGUCAUAUAGCUUCCAGAGCUCUUCAGAUUCCUCCUACAAUUGAUGUUUUAUUGUGUGAGCAAGAAGUAGUCGCAGAUGAUACACCAGCAAUUCAGGCUAUUCUGAAAGCUGACGUCAAGAGAACAGCAUUGCUGGAAGAAGCUGACAAGCUUGAGAUAGAGCAGCAAAAAGGAAAUCUGAAGGCCACAGAACAAUUAAACCAAGUAUAUGAGGAAUUGCGGGCCAUUGGUGCUGAUGUAGCUGAGCCUAAAGCACGCCGAAUCUUAGCAGGUCUUGGGUUCACUGCUGAGAUGCAGAACCGACCUACCAAAAAUUUAAGCGGCGGUUGGCGGAUGCGUGUCUCCCUUGGCAGAGCCCUUUAUUUGGAGCCUACUCUUCUGAUGUUGGUUAAACCUACCAGUCAUUUGGAUUUGAAUGCUGUCAUUUGGUUGGACAAUUAUUUGCAAAGCUGGAAGAAAACAUUGCUCAUUGUAUCUCAUGACCAAUCUUUCCUGGAUAAUGUCUGUACAGAUAUUAUUCAUUUGGACAUGGAAAAACUCUUUUAUUACAAAGGAAACUAUUCCUUGUUUAAGACAAUGCACUUGCAAAAACGAAAGGAGCAAAUAAAGGAAUAUGAGAAGCAAAAGAAAAAGCUGAAGGAAUUGAAAUCCCAGGGUCAGUCAAAGAAGGACGCCGAGAAGAAGCAGAAAGACGUUUUAACGAGAAAACAAGAGAAAAAUAGAGCCAAUUUAAAGAAGAAUGGACGAGAUGAAUGCACUGGUCCAGUUGAGCUGAUUCAAAGACCAUGGGAUUACGUUGUUAAAUUUCGUUUCCCCGAACCUCCGCCAUUGCAGUCACCUGUUUUGGGAAUUCAUAACGUCACUUUCGGCUAUGAUGCGCAAAGGCCACUCUUUGAAAACUGUGAUUUUGGUAUUGACAUGAAGUCGCGAGUAGCUAUUGUUGGUCCUAAUGGUGUUGGGAAAUCUACAUUCCUGAAACUACUGGUCGGUGAAUUGACACCUCAACAAGGGGAGCAAAGGAAAAAUCGUCGAUUGCGAAUAGGAAGAUUUCAUCAGCAUUCCGCAGAACGGUUGACUGCCGAGGAAACCCCAACCGAGUACUUGAUGCGACUAUUCAAUUUGCCUUAUGAAGAAGCCCGAAAGCAAUUGGGCUCUUUUGGAUUGGCCUCGCACGCUCAUACUAUAAAAAAUAUGGAUCUCUCUGGUGGCCAAAAGUCCCGUGUCGCCAUGGCGGAACUCUGCUUAAAUGCUCCCGAUGUGUUGAUUUUGGAUAUUCCGACAAACAACUUGGACAUCGAAUCUAGUGAAGCUCUGGCCGAUGCUAUCAACGACUACAAAGGGGGCGUCAUCAUCGUUUCUCACGACGAACGUUUGAUUCGUGAAACAAAAUGUCAACUUUGGAUCAUUAAAGACCAGACCAUCAACAAAGUCGAAGGUGGAUUCGACGGUUACAGAAGAGAAUUGCUCAGUAGUCUAGACGACGUUCAAAUACGACGUCACCGUCGUAGCCCCUCUCCGACCGUGACUUCAUUUUGGGGGGAGUGGAGGUUGGCUAAAGAUAAUUGGACGGAAAUGUGACGAGCGUGCGACACCGGAGGUCCAUGAAAGAUGUUUUUAUUGUUUUAUUAUAUGGUGCCACCAACUACGUUCAAAUUUAGUAAAAUAAAUCACCCGGAAAAUUUGGUACACGUCUGUCUCAACCAGCAUGGGAGGUGGAUUUUAAGUAUUUCUCACUGUUUGAAUUUUGAAUCAUUGUCGCUAGUAAUUACUAAAAAUCGUUAUUCAUUUGUUGAUCUAUGCCUAAUCCAGACAAUUUUUAAAAAUACAGAACCAUUUGGAAUAA